UGGUAAGUGAACGAUGGAAGGAGGAUAUUGCAUACGCGAUGGUUCCUUUCAAAUUGAUUACGUGGCCCAUUGGCGUAUGGCCACUUCAAGUUUAUAACAUUUAUUCGCUCUUACGAUGUAUCGUAAGCACUUGUUGUGCGAGUCUAAUUGCGAUCUUGCCUUCUAUGGAGCUAUAUAUGGGUUGUACUGAUGUGGAGCAAAAUGUAGUUUGUUUGACAUCAAUAUGUUCCGGAUUGCUUGGAGUGUUGAAGACAGUAUGGUUCCGCAUUUAUGCAAAUAGUUUAAUUAACAAUUACAACUCUGCCGUGAAUGAUUAUCUGACGAAUGACAACACAAAAGAGCGCGAAAUUAUGCGAAGACAUGCUUUUAUAGGAAGGAUUCUUUGCUAUUCCAUGAUGGGCUUUUCUUACAUUAGUUGUGUAAUGUAUGCGAUAAAUCCUUUUUUGCAUUUCGAUCAAGUUAAUCAGAUUAACAUAACGAAUCAAGAUAUAAUAUUAGAGUACGCAGUACCAUCAAGAUGCGCUCUGCAAUAUUUCAAUUUUCCAACGAGCAUGUAUAAAAUCUCCAUUCUCGUCGAAACUGUUAUAGUGAUUCUGGCAACUACAGCUAAUAUUGGUAACGACGUGUUAUUUCUCAACAUUACUUUGCAUGUUUGUGGUCAAGUAAACAUUUUAAGGAUUCACUUUUUCAACUUUGAUGUAAAAAGUCCACGAAUUUACAAUCGUUUCAAUGCUUUAAUUCAAAGACAUCAAGAUCUGAUAAGACUGGCCAGAGAACUUGUCAAAUUGAUCAGUUUUGUGUUGCUGAUAGAACUAUCCAUUAUUACCAUGUCAUUAUGUAUGAUAGGAUUUCAAUUCAUCUUUGCGUUGAAAAUUAAUAACACUGUUAUGAUAGGAAAGAGUUUAGCAGUAUUAAGCGUCUUCCUGACACAACUAUCGCUUUAUAGUUUUAUCGGGAAUUAUUUGAAAUCUGAAAUGGAAGAGAUAGGACUCUCCAUUUAUCAAAGUGCAUGGUAUAAUUUUCCUAGGAAAUUGACAAAAAAUGUAAUCUUUGUUCUUAUGCAAACAAAAUAUCCAGUCGCGCUGCAAGCUGGAAAUUUCAUCGCGGUCAAUCUCUCAACUUAUUUGAGUAUUUUAAAAACCUCCUUUUCAUAUUUGUCUGUACUUCGUAUAAUUCUCGAAGUGUAAAAUAUAAAAAUAAAUUGCGAAUGAAAGUAAUCUGUGCAAACUGUAAGUAUUUGAUAGAUUUGAAAUAGUGCAAUAUAAUACUUUCAAAAUAGAAAUACAUGCAGAAGUGUUUAUUUAAGUGCAAUAAACUUAUUA